AUUAUUGCUGACCUAGCUGCAUUAGGUGUUGAUGCCAAACGAAAGAAUCCAGAGAUAAGGCAUGCCUGUGAUCAUUCAAUCGAGUUGCUUAAACCAUUUUCUUUAUCUUCAUUGAAUCCAGAUAAUGUUAUGGGACCUUCCGGGAACGAUAGUCCAGCGUUAGUUGACACUCUCCGUGUGCAUCCCGAAUUUAUUGUCCCUUUACUCAUGGCAUGUCAUUCAAAAAACACUAAACUUAUUGGGGAUGCAGUGAAAUGUCUAAGUAAGAUCAUUCAGCUGAAACUGCUGCCAAGCAUUGAAUCCACGCCUGAGGGAUCUCCGGAGCCUAUUGAUGGAGUAGUCGAUGCGUUGAUGGAGGCCUCAAAUGCUGGUCCAGAAAUACAAGUGAAAAUACUACAGCUACUACCUUCUUUCUUUCAACUGUAUGCCUUUAGGGUCAAUGCUGAGACGCUGAGUAAAAUGUUGUACAUUUGCACUACUCUUCAAGCUGCCAGCAAAGGCCUAGUGAUAAUAAACACAGCACAAGCAACCUUUUCACAGUUGAUCGAUAUUGCUUUCGAGAAGGUUACGAUAUCAGAUACAACACCGGAUAAAGAGGUGUGUUUCACGAUGUACGAAGUUCCAAUAGAUAACGAUAAAUGCAUUCAAGUGAAACAAAGCGUAUACGAUGCACAGAGAUUGGUAUCUGAUCUUUGUACCUUAAUUGAACAUCACAAGCCAUCUUUUUUAAAAACUAAUUACAUAACCGAAGACUAUGGUUUUGAGAUUCUAGAAAGCUUAAUCAAAAAUAAUUCCGAAAUUUUCCUUGAACAUGUGGAAUUGUCAUUUCUUUUGCGUACCCGUGUUGCUCCUAUAUUAUUGAGGUUUGUUUCUUCAAGCAAAGAUUUUACUUUGAUGGUGAAAGUCUCAAGAUUGAUAUUUCUCUUGUUGAAUGAUGAGUUCGACGUUUUGAGAGUAGAAUCAGAGGUUACGCUUACCCUUUUAACACAUAUUCUAUCAAAGAAUUCGGGGGCUCCGCAGUGGAAAAAAACAAUGGUGUUAGAAAUCUACGUGGGAGUGUUCAAAAAUCAUGAGCUUCUCAAAAAAAUAUUCAUGGCUUAUGACAAUAAUCCAACGGAGGAAAGAAAAAGUGUUGUUGAUGACUUGCUCAAAGUGUGUCUUAACAUAGUCCAUGAUCAGAAAAAUGUUUUGAAUACUGGUGAUUUGAUACAGCUUCCUGCUACCACUAACGAGCCAAUACAAAACGGUAAGAAGCAAAAGCCUCAGCAACUGUCCCAAAGGAAAGUGGUUUAUCCUCCGGGUCUGAGAGCUGCUGAAUUUACCAAAACUAUAAGGUUUAUGGAUUCAAUCGAGAAGCAAGAACCUCCGCAAACGCCCCCUUCUUAUGACUCUUAUCUCAUUUCCCAGAUACUUAUUGCUCUCUCGGAUUGUGUCCAGAGUUCUACUUUAAGUUUAAUGAAAGCAGCCAAUCCAGCUCCUUAUAUAUCAGAACAGUUAUUUGCAGAAAGUAAAGAUGAAAAAUUGAAAGUCUUAUACGAGUGCAUAUGUGACCUAAUCACCAACACAUGGGCAUUGCAACUAGAAAUAACUGACAUCUUCAUACAUUCAACUUUGGACAAUGAAUUAUUUUCUGGAACUUUGAAGCUGCUUGAAAAUUUGUGUUAUUGCUCUGGCGUUCUAUCCUUGAAUAAAGUGAAGCAAUCUAUUCUCAAGUACUUGAGUGUUUGCACGUUGAAACUGGACGGUAGAAGCGGGUAUCAGAGUAGAGUGAUGACAAUUGGUGAGUCUAUCGUGGGAACAAUUAGCUCAACCUUGGGACAAGCAGUUUCAAACAUGUCUAAUAAUGGCAAUAAUGAUGUUCCAAGCUCAACUUCAGUACAAAUGUACCCCAGAACAAUCAACACAAGACAAACUUUAUGUUUUCAUACGCUCAUCAGACUCGGUGUUUCUUUGGGAUCACAUUUACAUGAUGACUGGGAGAUAAUUCUGAUAGUGUUGCAAUGGGUAAGCUAUUACAUAAAUGGAACCUCGGGGAUGAGCAAAAAAGAUGUGCCUCCGCUGUCUCCUUAUCUAAUGAAUCGUGAUCUUCAAAUAAUUGAGCAUUCUUUAAGUGAACUCAGUAAGAGCAUCUUUAAUCAAGAUGAAACCACGUUUUCCUACAUUUUGAAAUCAUUAAUCUCACUUUCGGAAAAGGUAAUGACACCUGAGCCAGAAAGAGAGUUUGGACAGAGUCCAUUAACUACCAGCGGAGAAAUACAACCUUGCAUUUUUAAUAAGCUUUUCUAUGUUAAUAAGUUGACAGAUAUUUGUGUCAUAAACCCCAUUGAAUUCAUGAUUUAUCCAGAAAACAAUUUUGAUAUAAUCAAUGAUUAUUUCUGUAAGAUUGCAGAUGACCGGUCAAAUUCAGAUGAGACAAGAUUACUUGCAAGCAGAAGUUUCAAUCAAAUAGCUAAAGCAUCAGCUGAAACUGGUUUUGAAGACAAAUCCAUUGAAAUACAUGAAUUAACAGAGACAAAAGUCCUGAACAACAUGUGUAAAUUUAUGACCCGCCUAUCACAAUUGCCUAUGUCUAAUGAGCUUUUAAUUGCCAAUUGUGAAGCAGAAAUGUAUCUACAAACACUAGAAACCUUGAAGAACAUUAUUGAUAGAUUUGGCAGUCUUAUUCAGCUUACCUGGGGAGUUGUCACAGAAAUGUUGGACUUCCCCUUUUUGAUUAUUAGUAAUUGUGACUCAGAUAUUUUGAAGGAAAAAAUCAUAAACGACAUUAUCGUAUCCGUCUUGAAAUCAUCGUUCGAAACUAUGAAAGUCGUUUUAGACGAAAUACUGCAGUGUAUACCCAAAAAUCAAAUUAAAGUUAUUAUUGAUAGCUUAUACCACUUUGUGGAACAAAACUUUGAUUUAAACAUCUCUUUCAAUUCAGUGAGUUACUUUUGGCUGAUUAGUGAUUAUAUUAAAGACAAGCUAGAGACGAACAGUAAUAAUUCGGAGUUUAAUUACAGUCUCGCUUCUGAGGCUCAGUUGAUUGAAUAUGUUUCAAAUGAUUCAACCGAUGAUUAUCAGUAUUACCAGUACUUAUGGAUCUACCUUGUUUUGCAAUUAGCAAAAACGUCCCCGGACAAAAGAGUGCAGGUUCGCAAUGGUGCAAUUUUAACUACCUUCAGUGUAAUUCAAUCGUUUUUGACAGAUGCAUCUCAGUAUUCUGUACUUUAUGAUAUCGUUAUACGCCCAGUCAUAUUGCAAAUUAAACCACCAGAAUCCACGAUUGCUUUUAGUUCACAGGACCAAAAAGAUUGGAUGGAAAGUUUCAUAAAUAUUACAAAUGGACUGACAAAACUUCUGUUCAGCUUUAUGAACUCAUCGUUUUCGCUAGAAUCCCCACAAAUCAUUACCAUGUGGCAAGGAAUAAUGGAAUAUUUUGUUGGUCUUUUGAAUUUAGACUUCAAUUGGGUCGAGUUAAAUAACCAAAUUUUCAAAAAUUUUUAUGAGAUUCUACACGGGUUUAAAGAAUGUGACAAAGACCUACCAAAAGAUGUACUUGAAUCUUUGUUUGAGCCCUGGGCUUCAGUUAAAAUAAACUAUAAUUUAGCCAAAGAGGCGGUAUAUCAAACUUCUUUAUGCUCCUUUGUUGACUGCUUUCCUCUUUCAAUGCAUCUUUUCAAACCAAUAAUGACUACCUCUAAAUUUGAAAAAAUGCUGAUGAUUUUGAAUUCUUGUAUCAGAUAUCCCAUUCUUGUUGACUCAAGAAAUGAUAAUAUGAAGUGUACUGCUUUGCAACAAGCAGUGCUGGAUAAUUUAUCUUUGUUGGAAUUUGACAAAUCGGAUUCCUCUUAUAUUUCUUACGAAUCAUUGUUAAUUCAACAGUUGAAUCUGAUUGUUGUUUUACCUUUUCAUACUAGAGAUUUGAUAGUGAAGAAGCUAGGAGACAAAGGUAUCAAAAUUCCUACUUUUGUUGCUGCUAGUUAUCAAGGCCUACAAAUUUUGGAAAGACACCUAGCGAAAAUAUCUGAUUUAACUUAUUUUAAUGAUCGCUCCAUUUUGAAAGUUAUUAAGUCUUUAUUGGAGCCAUCCAAACUUAAAAGUGACAUAUACUUUACUGCAAAAAGUUCUGAAGGGGAAGAAGAAAAAGAGUAUCUCUGGGUAAUUGGUUUCAGAAUAUUAGUCAAUAUUACUCUCAAAGUUUUGAAUCUAAUUAUGAAUACUCCUGAAAUGAAUUUCAGAACAGAGGUGAACAUCGAUUCCUUGACUCAGUACCAAAAAAUGAGAGAUAUAUUACUGAAAUUUUUCAACAUGUAUUACGACACGAACAAAGCAUGUAAGAUAGAAAAAUCCCAAAUUGAACAAUUCAUUUCAUCCGUGUGGUACGCUUCUUUUUAUCACAAUCAAGACAUCAUUAUCGAAUCAAUUCUUCCUCCAGUAUCACACCAGCUUUCCGCGUUGACUAUGGAUAAACUAGCCAAAGAACUGAUACGCCCACAAAACUGGGACAUCUAUGGUACUACUAGGAUGCUGAAUGUUUCACCCCGUUUGCGACUCUCGAUCCAAUGUUUUGAUGAUUUAGUUUUGUUCGUCAAUCCUGACGCGAAUAUACGCAUCUGGCGAACCUGUCUCCCUUUCUUUAUCUCCAGGUGCACACUUGUCUUCAGAAAAUAUCUCAUGGAUAUCAAAUUACUUGGCGGAAGGCCAGUUUCAAGAAUUUUAAUCGUUGAACUUAGAGACGCUGUGAAUGGAUUGCAAACAGUUCUCUCUUGUUUCCAGGAUUUGAAUACUGCUGAUAGUACGCAAGUUAUUUCAAAGCUAAAGUCAGUGUACUCGAUGCUGAUAGAAUUACUUCCAAAAGUGUCUGAAAAAGAUAUUGAAGCAAAAUUG